AUGCUCCACACCGCGACGCCGCAGUACGAGGAGGACACUUUGCAGUACGCGGAGAUGCUCGAGAACGGCAACGGCGCUCUCGUCGAGCUGCUGAAGAGCAACGAGGCCGUCGAGGACUACUUCUACCCGGCGCGGUCCUACUUCAACCGGGACCAGUACAUGUUCGAGGUGCCGCACGCGAUGAAGUACGCCAUCGGGCUCAUCGCGGACACCGGCGUCGCCUCGUCCGGAGCCCGCGAACCUCUGACCUACGCGCGCUCGCAGGUCGACCCGUGCGUGGGCAACCCGUACGACUGCUGCAUGAACUGGUACGGAUCGCCGGCCUACGCCAGGGUGCGGCGCGAUCUCGUCGACUACGGAUAUCGGGACCCGCAGAGCGCGUUUUCGCACAUGCUUCUGGCGCUUCCCGGGGAGAUCCUCGCGAACGUGGACCUCGUCGACGCGGAGGGCGCGGAGAUCGACGCGAGCGAGCGGCGGCGCGCCGACGACGAGACCUUCCUCGCGGAGGAGUGCGAGAGCGCGCCGGAGGACGGCGAGGUCAUGUUUCGGCUCGAGUCCAACGGCGAGCUCGUGCGCACGAACGAAUUCAGCCACUGCCAGGGCACGCGGCUCGGCAUGCGGCCGUUCCCGAUCCAGCCCUACUGCAGCGACAACAACGCGACGGUCAACGCGUCGGCGAGCUGCUUCGACGUCGACGGCACGGAGCGGCCCAACUGCGUCCAGGUCGCCUUCACGCAGACGGCGAUGAUCAUCAACUGCGGCGAGCCCGGCAGCCCGAACAACGAGGACUUUAGCCAGCACCCGCACUGCGGCACGCUCCACCGCGAGAACGGGUCGCCCUACAACCCGGACGAGAGCUUCGUCAUCAACGAGAAGCGCAUCGACACGGCCCUGACGACGGGCUACACGACGACGACCAUCGACCUCGCCUACGGCAUCCAGGUCGUCGACCGCAUCGCCUGCAACUACGAGGAGUCGACGAUGCGCGCGCGGACCGGCGCGUCUUUCUUCGAUCGGUCGCGUCGAUCGGUCGGCUCCAUGGUCUACAUCAAGGAGUCGAGCCCCGAGUGCUGCUGCCCGCCGGGCUACAACAACGAGCUCAAGACGGGCACGUUCUUCUGCCCGAAGAACAUGCUCGAGGACACCGCGGGCCCCUACAGCAACCGGCUGUCGACGCUGAACCACUACCUCGCCAAGGACGAGGCCGCGGCCGAGUACCCCUACUGCCCGACGCUCGAGGAGGACCAGGACACGCUCCAGUGCUCCAACUUCACGGACGCCUGGGGCGGCCGGCGCUACUACAACACGGAGUGCCCGAAGAUCGGCGGCAACAACGAGACGGGCUACUACGACAGCCCCUACCUCGUCGGCAAGACCUACGGCGGCAAGUGCUUCUACUGGCCCGGCUGCUCGGCCCACCCCCACCGGACCGGCUCCUACGGCGAGGGCGGCACCGUCGCGGGCGACCUCGCGUACGAGAACGACGGCUGCGCGCACCGCUGCGAGGUCAACGACAUCGCCAACUGCCCGACGAACGACAUGGACACGCACUUCUCCUUCCAGGGCCUCCUCGGGAAGAUCACGUGCAUGCCCACGGACAAGGAGGACUGCGUCAACAUGGCCCUGGACCAGUACGACGAGGACAGCAUCUACUACCUCGUCACGUUCAACGACAACCGCACGAACUACGCGUUCCGCUCCACGGACCUCGAGCUCCACCAGCCCCGCCACAACUACCAGCUCUGGUGGGUCCAGCGCACGCGCUACAACUUCAUCGUCCAGAAGAAGAAGGCCAUCCGCGACGGCUCGACCUGCGGUACGGUCGUCACCUACACGUCGGGCUGGUAUAACGUCUGCGACGACGGCUGGGACAUCGUCGACGCCCACGUCUUUUGCCGCGACGCCUACGGCGGCGUGGGCUACGCCAGCCCCUCCGGGUCCUGGAACUGGUACGCGAACGAUACGACGGUGCAGCUCACCGAUGGCGCUUACGGCGUGGGCUACGACGACCUCGCGUGCUCGGGGAGCGAGGCGUACCUCUACCAGUGCAAGGGCACGACGGCGCACGACUGCGGGUCCUCGGAUUACGCGGGCGCCUGCUGCACCUCGGGGACGAUCCAGCUCCUCGACGGCCCGGACGCCUACUCGGGCACGAUCUACGUGCUCAACCCGCAUACGAACACCUGGGGCAACGUUUGCGACGACGCGUGGGACCUCGCCGACGCGGACGUCGUCUGCCGGCAGGUCUUCGGGACGGACUACCAGGCCUACAUGGCGACGGCGAACAACUACUUCGGGUCCGCGGCCAACGACGGCAACUUCGUCUACGACGACGUGGGCUGCUACGGCUAUGAGAACUACCUCGCGGCGUGCACGUACACGCACACGCACAACUGCGGCAACGGCGAGCAGGCGGGCGUCAUCUGCGUCACGCCGACGCCCAACCCGACGCCACUGCCGACGCCCCGGCCCUCGACGGCCGCGCCGUCGCCGGCCCCCUACGGACCGUCGCCCCUGCCGUCCGCGGCGCCGUCGGCGUCUCCGGUCGCCCACACGGGCCAGUACGGCUUCAUCCAGAGCGGGAGCACCUGCGGCACGGUCGUCACCUACACGACGGGCUGGUACAACGUCUGCGACGACGACUGGGACAUCGUCGACGCCCACGUCUUUUGCCGCGACGCCUACGGCGGCUGGUCCUGGAACUGGUACGCGUACGAGGCGACGGUGCAGCUCACCGAUGGCGCUUACGGCGUGGGCUACGACGACCUCGCGUGCACGGGCAGCGAGGCGUACCUCUACCAGUGCGCCGGCACGACGGCGCACGACUGCGGGUCCUCGGAUUACGCGGGCGCCUGCUGCACCUCGGGGACGAUCCAGCUCCUCGACGGCCCGGACGCCUACUCGGGCACGAUCUACGCGCUCAACCCGGCGACGAACACCUGGGGCAACGUUUGCGACGAAGGGUGGGACCUCUCCGACGCGGACGUCGUCUGCCGGCAGGUUUUUGGGCCGUACUACCAGGCCUACAUGGCGACGACGAACAACUACUUCGGGUCCGCGGACAACGACGGCAACUUCGUCUACGACGACGUGGGCUGCUACGGCUCCGAGAACUACCUCGCGGCGUGCACCAGUGUCGUUCACGCCCGCGCCGACGGCCGCGCCGUCGAGCAGGCCCAGCGCGACGCCGUCGGCUCUGCCGAGCGCGGCGCCGUCCUCAUCCCCGAGCUCGACGCCGUCCGCCGCGCCAUCUGCCUCGCCGAGCGCGGCGCCGUCCUCGUCCCCGAGCUCGGCGCCGUCAUCCUCGCCGUCCUCGGCGCCGUGUCGUACACGGCCGCGCCGACGGCGGCGCCGACGACGGCGGCGCCGACGACGGCCGCGCCGACGACGGCCGCGCCGACGACGGCCGCGCCGACGACGGUCCCCGCGGAGCCGCGCCUCGCGCGCGCGGACUUUUCGACGACGGGCGCGGAGCUCGUCGCCGCCUUCGACGGCCCCACGGACAAGGCGUCGGCGACGACGGGCGCCCGCUUCCCCUGCGCCGAGGUCCUCGACUUCGACGGCGCGGACCGCGCGACGUGCUACUGGAUCGACGCGAGGUCCGUCAACGCGGACGUCGCGAGCGCCGCCGUCGUCCCCGGCGGCAACGUGACCCUCGCGGCCGGCGCCGUGCGGCGCGCCUGCGAUGCCGGCGCCGAGCGCUGCGACUGCGACCGCCCCGCGAACGCGUCGUCCGCGCCCGCCGCGCCGCCGGACCCGCCGCUCGUGCCCGUCGCGCUCCUCGACGGGCCGACGACGGCCGCGGUCUGCGAGGGCGUCGUUGUCGGAUCGUCCCAGUCGACGGGCAGCGGCGGCCGACCGUUCGCCUACGCGUGGAACGCGACGCUCGUGCUGCGAGACGACUGGGUCCCGUCGGCGAACACGACGAACGCGACGCUCGCCGCGCGCGCCGCGGUCGCCGCGGUGCUCGCCGCCGCGAACGCGGGCGCCGGGUCGCCGACGCUCGCGGCGUCGUCGGACGACCUCAUCGCCAUGGCCGCGGGCGGCGCCGCGGGCCUCGAGGUGUCCCUCGUCCUCUCCAACUUCCUCGGCGGCGCGAGCGCGCCGUCGGACCCGUUCCCCGUCGCGAUCCGCACGGACACGCCGCCGAACCUCGAGAUCGUCGGCGGCGUCGUCCAGUCGACGACGCGGCCCAAGGCGCUCAGCGUCCGCGCGAACGCGCUCGCGACGUCGUGCGACGGCCGGCCCAUGGCCGACCGCGCAGUGACCAUCGCGUGGGCGCUGAGCCGCGUCGCCGCGGACGGGCACCUCGAGGCGACGGGCCUCGCGUCGACGUCCCGGGACCCGCGCUACUUCAAGCUCCCGCCCUACAGCCUCGACGCGGCGUCGGCCUACGCGCUCGCGGUGACGGCGGAGGACGCGGCCGCGGGCACGAACGUGACGUCGACGGUGGACCUGGCCGUGGGCCGCGCGGCUGUCGUCGCCAUCGUCCUCGGCGGCGACCGCGUGCUCCCCCUCGCGGGGGCCGUCGAGCUCGACGCGUCCGAGUCCUACGACGAGGACGUCGACGGCGCGUACGGCGCCGACGCGGGCCUCGCCUUCGCCUGGAGCUGCGACGACCCGGCCUGCGACGCGCUCGUGCGCGGCGCCGCGGACGGCGCGUCCGUGGUCCUCGACGGCGUGGACCUCGGCGAGGGCACUUGGGUCUUCGCCGUCAACGUCACGUCCCCCGACGGCCGGUCCGCGGCGGCGGCCGUGGUCUACGAGCUCGUCGACGACGACCCGCCGGCCGUCGAGGUCGACGCCUGGACGUCGUCCGUCGGCACGCGCGCGCCGCUGAGCCUGCGCGUCGCGCCGACGUCCCUCGCCGGCGACGCGCUCGCGAACCUGACGACGGGCCUCCUCGACGAUGCCUUUGCGCUCGGGUCCUCCGAGGGCAUCUGCCAGACCGUCGUAGCCGCGUCGACGGCGGACGGCGACGCCGCGCUCACGGCGACGAUGAUCGACGCCGUCGGCGCCGUCGCGCGGGGCCUCGACGCGGACGCGUCGCUCGUCGAGCAGACGAGCUCCGCGCUCCUGUCCGUCGCGUCCAACGGCAGCGGCCUCGCCGCGGCCGCGGCGUCGUCCGCGCUCGACUCCUGCGAGGGCCUCGCGGCCGCGUCGGGCGGCGACACGGGCAUCACGGCCGUCGCGGCCGCGGGCCUCGGCGACACGCUGUCGAGCCUCCUCGACAGCCCCCUCUUCGCGGCGGGCAACGGGUCGUCGAACGCGUCCGCGGGCGCGUCGCUCGGGUCCUCGGUCGACGGCAUCCUCGCCGCGCAGCUCGCCGGCGCCGUCGCGGGCGAGUACGCGAUGACGCUGUCGUCGCCGAACCUCAAGAGCUCGGCGCAGCGCCUGAGCCCCAACGCGACGACGCCCGGCGAGGUCCGCGCGCUGUCGCUCGACGGCGCGGCGAGCGCCGCGGAGCUCCCGCCGAGCCUCGCGGGCGGCGACGCCUACGACGCGUCCUUUGCCGAGUACGCGACGGAUCCCUACGCGGGCGAGGACGGCGGCGGCGGCGCGGCGCUGACGGCGCGCGUCGCGCGCUUUGGCCUCGCGCCGUCGUCCGCCGAGCCCGCGUCGCGGCGGCGCCGCGCGCGCCGCGAGCGGCGCCUCGAGGACGCCGGCGGCGCGGGCGGCAGCGGCGCGGGCCUCGCGUCCGUGGCGCUGACCAUCGGCGGCGGCGUCGCGCGGAACGCGUCGCGGCCCCCGGGCGCGAACCUCACGUGCGCGUGCGGCUACGAGGGCAACGUGAGCUUCGCGUGCCCGGACAACGCGACGGUCGUCGAGGCGGCCUGCGACGGGCUGCCGAACGUCAUCGAGGUUGUCUGCCCGGGCGUGGAGACGGCGUGCGCGGCCUGGAACGCGACGGCGGCCGCGUGGCGCUCGUCCUGCGAGGCCGUCGGCGGCGCCGACGGCGCGACGACGUGCGCGUGCGACGUCGACGCGUCCGGCGCCGCGGCGCCGACCGACUUCUCGACGGAGGACGAGGCCACGGACGCGGGGUCCGUCUACUUCAAGAACCUGACGGAGCCGCCGGACCUCAGCCGCGCGCUCAUCAUGAUCUACGCGCUGCUCGCGCUGCUCGGCGCCUGCGUCGCCGCCCACGCGUACGGCCGGCGCCUGGACGCGCGCGAUGCCGCGGCCGCGCGCGCGGCGUCGGCGGUCGCCGCGGCGUCGGACGCCGACGACGACCCCUACGAGGUCAACGACGACCACGACGUGCUGACGGCCGGCUGGAAGCAGAACUUCCUCACGGGGAUGGACCUCGGGCACCCGUUCUACGGGUGGUACACGCUCUACUCGGCGUCCGUCCCCCGGCCGUUCCGGGCGUGGUGCUGCGGCUUCGAGAUCCUCGUGUUCAUGUACGCGCUCGCGUUCGAGACAAACCUGCUGUUCCCGGACGUCGAGGAGGAGUGCGCGGGGAAGCUCAACCCCGAGACGUGCGCGUCGCUCAAGACCGUGCUGCGCGGCAAGUUCAAAGGCACGCACGUCGAGUCAGCGCCGCUCUGCCAGUGGAUACCGCCCGUCUGCAAGAUCUUCGCGUACCUGGCGGAGAACUACCUCGUCGCGCCCGUGCCCCUGGCGCUGCGGUGGAGGCGAGGGUCGGCGUCGCCGGCGGGCGCGCCGGCCGCGCGCGCCGCGUCGAGCCCCGAGGACGAGCCGCCGAUCCCGACGCUGAAGAUCGACUGGCACGAGACGGGCGCGCCCGAGGCCUCGCCCGGGACCCUGGCGUCGAGCGCCGGGCCCGAGUUGGCGGUCGCGGGCGACGAGCUCCUCCGGAAGCUCCGGGCCGCCGUCGAGGAGCCGGGCGGCGCGGCGCCGGCCGCCGCCGGCGACCCCGCGGCGGACAAGGAGCCGCUGGAGAUCAAGGAGAUCAAGGAGCGGCCCGACGGGGGCGAGGCGCGGGCCCGCGUCGACGCGCUCCUCGCCGCGCACGCGCUCCUCGAGGGCGGGCCGCCCGACGCGCGGGAGAGCCAGGCGCCGAUCCCAGAGGGGGGCGCGGCGGACGGGGACGCGACCGGGUUUGCCGUGUCGUGUUCGGUCCAAUGCGACGGCGCGGCCUCCACGCUGGACGACGCGUUCGCCGUGCCGUCGAUGACCGCGGCGUGCCUCUUCGGCCUGGACCGGCUCGAGGACGAGGUCUCGCGCGCGAGGGUGGCCGAGGCGCGGCCCGCGGCGGCCAAGGAGGCCGCGCCCGUCGACGACGGCGACCUCGUCGUGCCCGAGAUGGGCGAGUGGGUCGAGUCCCUCGUCGGCGACCUCGACGCCCGCCUCGAGCCCACCGACGUCGAGCCGCUUGCCUCGGGGCCCGGGCGAGGCGCGACGGCGUCGCCGCAUUUGUCGCUCGCGUCGCUCGCGUCGCGCGGCAUCUCGAGGGCGAAAUUCGCCGCGCGGCGGGCCACGAGCCGCCGCACGCUCUGCAGCGACAGCUCCAAGACGACGGUGCGCGACUGCGCGGAGAUGCUCGCGCCCACGCUCGCGCGCGCGGUCGUCGCGAGGAGCCGCGAGCUGCGGCGCGCGGCGGCCGCGGCGACGUCGAGGACGACCGCGCGGCGCCUCGGCGAGCUCGACGCCCACCUCCUCGAGCGCUGGGGCUUCAACGGGUCGCGCCAGGUCUUCAUCGCCAACGUCGAGCGCGUCGUCGUGAAGCGGCUCGGCCGCGCGGCGCGCUGGCACGCGGAGCUCGAGGCGGCGGACGACGCGCGCGCCAAAGAGCGCGCGGCCGUCGCCUACCUCCGGGCGGAGAUGCUCUCGAAGAAGGAGCGGACGGUCAUGACGACCAUCGCGGAGCGGCUCCAGGGCGAGCUCGAGGCGCCCGAGGAGCCGCCGGGGGCCGCGCCGUACAUCGCCGCGUGGGCCGGCGUGCUCUGCGUCGUCCUCUACUGCUUCUACUACCUCCUCACGACGGGAUCCCAGUUCGGGCGGAAGAAGACCCGGCUCUGGCUCGAGGCCGUGACGUUUUCCCUCGUGCUCUACUUCGUCUUCAUCAAGCCCAUCGUCGUCCUCCUCAUCAGCGUCAUCAUGCCCAGCUUCGUGGCCUCCUCCGUCGACAAGGCCAGGAGCCCCCUCGACCACCCGCGCUACCCCUUCGAGACGCCGCUCCCCGAGAGCUCCGUCUUCUACCUCCUCCGCUGGCACCCCGAGCUCGCCGGCACGCGCCUCGCGGACCAUGUCGCGGCCGAGGCGACCGGCGCGCCGCGGAGCGCGCGCGACGGCCUCACGGACGCGCGCGUCGCCGAGAUCCACGGCGCGGCGAUCCCCCGGACCAGCGGCACGGCCGUCGUCCUCGCCCUCAUCGCGCUCCUCUUCGGGCUCCACGAGGACCUCCAGGACACGCUCAUCGAGGAGGUCUUCACGUUCCUGCCGCUCGCCUCGGGCUUCGUCGCGGAGCGCACGCCCGGGCUCGAAUCCGCCGGGGAGGACGUCGGCGCAGCCUUCGGUAUGGUCGUCGUCGGCGCGCUCGUGUACGUCGCCUGGAAGGCGUACCACGCGUGCGGGAAGGCGACGGCGCGGGCCGCGGUGGCGCUCCCGCGCCGGAAAAGCGACGCGGGCGGGCCCGCGUUCCGAUGGCCCGAGGACGAGGCGCCGGAAACCCCGAGGCCGGACGUCGCCGGCGAGGACGAGAAGUCGCCGGAGGACGCCGUCGCCCUCGUCCUCUUCGACGACGACGGCGGCGACGGCGAUCGCGUCGAGGCCGUGCGCCCGGACGACGACGAAGCGGCGGCGGAGCGACCGGACGACGCGGCCUCCGACGGGGAGUGUCUCGACGAAGAGAUCUUCCUCGAUGCCGACGUCCAGCGGGCGGACGAGGCCGGCGCCGCGGACGCGGAGGCGCGCGGGGCCGAGGCGGCGGCGCGGGACGACCACGAGGCGGGGGACGCGGCGGCGGAGCGACGGGAGGACGCGGCCUCCGACCGCGAGUCCCUCGACGAAGACAUCCUCCUCGACGUCGACGCUCGACGCGCGGAUGGGGCCGGUGCCGCGGACGCGGAGGCGCGCGGGGCCGAGGACGCGGCCGUCGAGAGCGCGGGCGACGCCAUCGAGAACGCCUUGCCGCCGCCGCCGCAGCCUGAGACGCUCUCGGACUACGUCUUCAGCGUGCAGGCGAAGCCGGAGGACGCGCCCGUGCCGUCCUACUCGGACGCCGCGUACGCCGCGGUCUUCGGUGCGGCCGCCGCGGCGCGGGACGACCACGACGCGGGGGACGCGGUGGCCGCCCGGCCCGGCGAGGCGCGCUCGCGCGCGCGCGGCCGGAGCGCGACCCAGGGCGAGGGCCGGAGCCGGAGUGGGAGCCGGUCGAAGAGCCGGAGUCGGAGCAGGAGCCGGAGGCCCGGCCGCCGCGUGAUGCACCGCGCCCCGUACGUCGUCAAGGCUAAGGGCGCCGUCGUCCGCGCCGGCGUCGCGCUCGACAGCGACAAAGUCCUGAGUCUCCCCGCCGGCACCGCCGUCGUCGUCGAGGUCGCCGAGCAGCUCCCCGACAAGAAGACGCGGUACCUCCUCGUCGAGCCCGUCGUCGGCUGGGUGUCGCGCGGGGCGGUGGCCAAGGCCCGCUGA